GGUGGACUCCACAAAUCCUGCCACGACUGCCCACCGCUGCACACCGCCAGCUGUAUCCAUGAAGCGUAAAAGCGCCGGGGUUGCUCCAGGGACACCGACGCCAAAGAAGAACCGGACAUCUACCCGACAAAAUGGAGAGCUCGACAAUGACGGCGCAGUGAAGAGCCCAGAGGUGGAGACACCAUCGAAGAGAAGGCGAGGAGAGCAGGAUUUGAUGAAGGAAUUGCACCAGGCAAAAGCCAAUGGAGCUACUACAGGCGAAAUCAAUGGAGGCAACACCCCGGGAACGCCUCGGUCGCAGCGCAAGGUGUUGUUCACAACUCCAACCAAGCCCCGGCAAGAAGACACCCCGAACGGCACCCCUACUAUCGUCAGGAAUGCAGACCGAUCCGCUCGUCGGAAGAGUGCCCGACGCUUGAUUGAGCGGACCAUAAAUGGAGAUGAAAGCGACGAGGAGGCCUUGGAUGAAGAGGACACCCUGGCCCAAGAGAUAUUGGGGGGCGAGGGCGAGGGCGAGGGCGACGAGGAGGAGCAAGAUGAAAACGAUAGUGGGGCGUCUCCCAUACCUGAGACUCCUUCCAAGCGAGGAAGAGGACGACCGAGAGGGAGGCCACGGAAAGAGCGCUCUCCAACGCCGCCCCAAAAUCUUCCACCACAUGAGGAGUUCUUUUGGCAAAAUCGGCCUGGCGGGACAAAAACCUCCAAUAACACACUUCCAUCCAGCACACUCUUAAAUCAUGACGAGUACUUCACGACAAUGCAAUCCUAUGAGGAUCCACACGGUCCAGAGCGGGACUUCUUGUUAGAACUUCACAGCCGUUCUUUCGACCAAUGGAUAUUUGAGCUGGAGCAAGGCUUCAACAUAUGCCUCUACGGCUAUGGGUCCAAACGCUUACUGACUGACGAAUUCGCCGCUCAUUUAUACGAUUACCUCCUGGCCAGAAGCUCUGAUAUCUCAGACACACAGUUACCGAGGAUUCUCGUCGUCAAUGGUUACACGUCCGGCAUAACGAUCAGAGACAUUAUCUCUAGUCUGGCUUCAGCUAUUUUCACAUCUACUGUUAAACUCCCCACGCAGCCUGGUCCACUCCUGUCUCAUGUACUGUCUUGUCUCUCCUCAUAUCCUCCGAGUCAACCAAUUCAAAUCCUGCUCAAUUCAAUUGACUCAUUACCUUUACGGCGCGGCCCAGCAGUAUCCCUUCUUGCUCAACUAGCUGCACAUCCAAGCAUUCACUUACUUUGCACCGCCGAUACCCCUAAUUUUCCGCUGUUGUGGGAUUUGGGCCAGAAAGCCCAGUUCCGGUUUGUCUUCCAUGACACAACUACAUUUGCGCCCUACGAUGCCGAGAUUGACGUUGUUGAGAGCGUUAAUGAGCUUCUCGGCCGUAGCGGUAGGAGGGUCGGAGGCCGGGACGGUGUAGGUUUUGUGCUGCGCAGUCUACCGGAGAAUGCACGAUCGCUGUUCCGAAUAUUGAUCAAUGAACAGCUUGAUCUUCUUUCAGCUGACACUAAUGACAACGAUAACGAGGGCUUAGGGGAGCAGCCCGCAUCUGUGCAAACGCCACGACAUAAAUUACAGCUAGCAACUCGGAAACAUGCGUCCGAAUCUGGCAUGGGUAUGGAGUAUCGCAUGUUGUAUCACAAAGCUGUGGGAGAGUUUGUUUGUUCGAAUGAAGUGGGCUUUAGGACCCUUUUGAAGGAGUUUCACGACCAUCAAAUGGUUGAAAGCAGAAAGGAUGGUAUGGGUACCGAGAGACUAUGGAUCCCAUUCAGAAGGGAGGAGUUGGAGGGACUAAAAGAGGAUUUCGAAGUAGAAGGGCUCUAAAUUUUAAGCUAAUAUGUAGAGAAAAUUCGUAAUAAACAACAAUUCAAAUAAAACCAC